ACUACUCCGGAUGACGCUUUCCAGCUGUACGACCUUCGGGUUGAAGUUGUUUGCCCGCCUGGACAAAGGAUCAUGUGCGGGGCCAAGGAAGGUGACUAUUUUACCCUUCAGGGCGAGAUGCUCCACCUACCGCCAGGCCAAGGUAUCAGUAUUUACAGUUUGUCAUCUGUGUUGCCACUUCUGCCCGCAAAGCAACGGGUCACUUCCAAAAAUGACUGGAUGUCGACCGAUGCGUUGAUCGCUUGUCCGGAUCCGUGUUGCCCUUCUCAACUGAAGAUAAUCCGAGAGGGGAUUAGGACUUUUCGCCAUUCAGAGACAACAGCAGUACCUCUGAGCUCUGCCAAUACAUAG